AUGCUAGAGGGUCACCUGCAGACGCUACCGGUAUGCGCUCACGACUAUGAGCAGAUUUUUGCAGAUGACAACAAAACUACGCAACCUCGUGAGGAUGACUAUGAUGAAGAAGAAGACGUAAAUGAUGGAGCAGAAGAAAAUUCCAGUGCUAUGCCGCCGCGUGAGGAAGCUGAUGGUGAUAGCUCAUUAAAUGAGCGAGUACUCGUAGACGAUGGAAAUAGCUACGACAUGUCGCCUCGCAGAGAUUUCCAUGGUAAGAGGUUAUUCGUAGACGGGGAGAGUACCACCCAGCGAUCUAUGGUUGCAGGACAGCUAGGUAGAUUUUUAGAUAAAAGAGACUACGGUAGGCCACCUCGCAGAGAUUUUGGUGGUAAAUGGGUAUUCGUAAGCGAUGGCAAAUGGGUAUUCGUAAGCGAUGAAAGUAAGUGCAUAUAA